UGGUGCUCACCGGCUGCGCGUGCUAAGCUCUGAAUAAGUCCAGAAUUUCUUUAUUCAGAUACAGUAUUCAAACUCCGGGCAAUCCGCUGCCGCUUUAUAAACAAACAGUUAAACAAACCGCUCGAACGUCGCCGUGUGUGUGUGUGCUUUUCGCCCUCAUUGUGCUCUCGUGCAAAUGAAAAUUUCAUUGAGCAGAAAGUCGCAGCAGCAGCAGCAGCAGAAAAGUGGAAAAUCCUAAAGCGGCACCAGCCACAGCAAAAAAGAAAAUUAAUUUAAAAUCUCGGCAAGUGAAAUUUGAGUCGAGAACUAGACACAGCAAUUAAGCCAAAUACGGACAAAACCAAGACGAAUCCAUCGUUGGAAAAUUUCCAAAACCACCACGCCAAUUAAUUAAAGGCGUUCCGCAAAUUAAAGUUCAAUCAACGAAGCUUGUACCGCUAAAUCGAUCUUCGAAGAUGCAGUGCGGUCUGGAGCAAAUGAACGACUGUGAGCGGUCCCCGAACCGGACGAACCUCCGGGUCAACUUCAAUGAGAAGGGGGCGGAGGUCAAGGAGCGGCGAGAGAAGUUCCUCACGGCCAAGUACGGGUCACACCAGAUGAGCCUCAUCCGCAAGCGACUGGCCGUGGAGAUGUGGCUAUAUGAUGAACUCCAGAAGCUGUUCGAUCCACCAAGCGAGGCCAUCGAUGUGGACAUUGACGAGAUACUUGAUAUGGACACAGAUGACAUUAGAAGAUCUCAUCUUAUUAGAUUACUUUCAGUCUGCAAACGCCCGCAAUCAGACAUAUCGAAGUUCAUCGGAGAUCUGCUGGAUCGUGCAAAAACCCUGUAAACCGCCAGCCCCUCAUUCAAGAAAUCAUCCAGCAGACCUACACAUAUAAUACGCAGAUACACAAUAAACACUUAGAUGAUUAAGUUUAGCUUGGAACAAAAAGAACAAAGAAUUCAGUUUACAAGCCCUUAAGCUCUACCUAUUCGAACACUGUGUUGAUUUUUUCCAUGUACUUUAGUUGUUAGUUUGUAUCUUUUUGCGCUGAUUAAUUUGAAGUUUAACCUAAUUUAAGCUACCAUUGGAAACGAUUAUAAAUGAUGAAGAUCGUUAGCCCUAAGCUUAUGGUGUAAUGCCGCCAAAACAUAAUACUUCAUCAAUUUUGUGAUGAUAUUUUUUAAAUAAAACACAAACAUGAUAUGGCCCAAAA